UCAGCCUGAGCAGCUACCGGAGGAUAGGGAUAUACAGGGCCGGGCAGGGGCUGCUCUGGUAAACACAGGCGAGGAACAACGCUUGUUUAUGAUGCUGCGGGGAUAGAGGAGCGGCUCGGCCGGUGGUAAUCAUGACCCCAAAGGCCAGUCUUUCCAUAUGGGGUUGGGGAAGUCUCGGUGGCGUGCUCUUCCUCGUAACAUUUGGACCCUUUGCUAUAUUUUACUUCGCCUUUUACAUCCUCUGCUUCGUGGGUGGGGGUUUUGUGGUCUCGCUUCUUUUCGGAAAGAUAACCUCUGAGAAGUACCUUGAGAGAUGUGAGCAUUCGUUUCUUCCAUCAACUUCUGCUGGAAUCUCGAGGGUCUUAGAAGAAAUGAAACGUGAAGCUAGACCCAUCAAAAUUGACAGAAGGGUGACCGGUGCCAAUAUGAUUGAUGAACCCCUGCAACAAGUCAUACAGUAUUCCUUAAGAGACUAUAUCCAUUACUGGUAUUACACACUAAGCGAGGACGAAUCAUUUCUCCUUGAAAUAAGGCAGACUGUUCAGAAUGCACUCGUUCAAUUUUCCACCCGGUCUAAAGAAGUUGACUGGCAGCCUUAUUUUACCACCCGGUUAGUAGAUGACUUUGCCACUCACCUCCGAGUGUUCAGAAAAGCUCAGCAGAGGAUGGCAGAGAAAGAAGAUCAAAAGAAAGAUUCCUCUGAAGAUUUUGUAGAUACUUUUUUUGAGGUUGAAGUUGAAAUGGAGAAAAUGGUCUGUCGUGACCUCAUAUGCACUUCUUCCAAAGAUGAAGAAGGCUUCCUGAAGGAUUUAUGUGAAGUUUUACUGUAUUUAUUGCUACCUCCUGGAGACUUCCAGAACAAGAUCAUGCGAUACUUUGUGAGGGAAAUCCUUUCACGAGGAAUUCUUCUUCCUUUAAUAAACCAGCUCAGUGAUCCUGAUUAUAUUAAUCAAUAUAUCCUUUGGAUGAUUCAUGAUUCCAAUUGCAAUUAUGAGGCCUUCAUGAAUGUCAUUAAGUUAAGUGACAAUAUUAGAGAGUUGGAAGCUGUGAGGGACAAAGCUGCUGAAGAAUUACAGUUUCUCCGUUCUUUAGAUACCGUGGGAGAUGACAUCAACACUAUAAAAAACCAGAUAAACAGUUUACUGUUUGUAAAGAAAGUAUGUGAAACGCGAAUACAGAGAGUGCAGUCUGGGAAAGAAAUUGAUACUGUGAAGUUGGCUGCAAACUUUGGAAAACUUUGCACAGUCCCACUGGACAAAAUUCUUGUACACAAUGUUGCACUACAGUUUUUUAUGGAUUUUAUGCAGCAGACUGGGGGGCAAGCACAUCUCUUCUUCUGGCUCACAGUGGAGGGGUACCGGGUGACUGCACAGCAGCAGCUGGAGGUGCUUCAUAGCCGGCAACGUGACGGAAAGCACCAGAUCAAUCCAACAAAGGGGCUGUUAAAACAAGCUGCGGUUGGCGUGUUUGACCAGUACUUAUCAGAAAAGGCAUCACCAAGAGUUCAAAUCGAUGAUUAUUUGCUUGCAAAGCUUGAAGAAGUGGUGAAGAAUGAAGACCCAACGCCUGAGAUCUUUGAUGAGGUCCAAAAAAAGGUUUAUGACAUCAUGUUGCGGGAUGAACACUUUUAUCCCGCGUUUCGCCACAACGCUCUCUACAUACGAAUGCUUGCAGAGCUGGACAUGUUAAAAGAGCCAAGCUUUAAAGGAUCUGACGAUGGAGAUGGAGAGUCUUUUAAUGGAUCGCCGACGGGCAGCAUCAAUUUGUCUCUGGAUGACCUGUCCAACGUCACCGCUGAAGAGCCAAUACAAAUCCAUGCUUUUAUAUCUGACACUGUUCAUGUUGACUGUGACCCAUAUGCUGUGGCAGGAGUAUGUAAUGAACAUGGGAAAACCUAUGCACUGUACGCCAUCACUGUCAAGAAGCGAGAUGGCAUUCAGGAAAUAUGGAAAACCUAUCGGCGUUACAGUGACUUCCAUGAUUUCCACAUGCGGAUCACUGAACAGUUUGAAAACCUUGCCAGUCUCCUCAAGCUGCCAGGAAAAAAGACUUUCAACAACAUGGAUAAAGAAUUUUUGGAAAAGAGAAAAAAUGAUUUGAAUGCGUACUUACAGUUGUUACUAAGUCCUGAGUUGCUGAAGGCCUGUCCUCCACUGGCCCAUUGUGUAUUCGACUUUCUUGAGAACAAAGCCUACAAUAAAGGGAAAGGGGACUUUGCUCGUAAGAUGGACACAUUUGUAAAUCCACUGCGCAAUUCAAUGAGGAAUGUCUCCAAUGCCGUGAAAUCCAUUCCAGAUAGCUUAGCUGAAGGGAUGAAUAAGAUGUCUGACAACAUGGGCAAAAUGUCUGAAAGACUCGGACAAGAUAUUAAGCAAUCUUUUACUAAGGCUCCAAUGCUUGUACCAAAACCGGAUUCAGAUCCUGAACAUUGCAGAGUGUCUGCGCAACUAGAUGAUAAUGUUGAUGACAAUAUCCCUCUUCGUGUGAUGCUUCUGCUCAUGGAUGAAGUCUUUGACCUGAAGGAAAGAAAUCAGUGGUUAAGAAGACAAAUCACCAGCCUUCUCCAGCAGCUCAUUAGAGCCACAUAUGGAGACACAAUUAAUAGAAAAAUAGUUGAUCAUGUAGAGUCCAUGACAUCACCUGACCAAGUAGCUGAUUAUGUCAAGCAUUUCAGAGACUCGUUUUGGCCUAAUGGGAUAUUGGCGGAGACUGCGCCUCGCAGAGACAGAAGUAUACGAAUGCGUACUAGAGUAUCUGCAAAAACGAAGCUGCUGGAAAUUAUGCCAGAUGAACUGAAGCACAUAAUUGGGGCAGAAACAACUAGAAAGGGAAUCCUUCGGGUCUUUGAAAUGUUUCAGCACACCCAACUAAACCGGAGACUUGCCUAUGUUUUUUUAGAAGGAUUUCUGGAAACCUUAUUUUCACAAUGCAAAUUCCAUGAGCUUUUUAACAAACUGCACUCCAGGUCAGAGCGAAUGAGGAGGUAUAGAGAGAGACAUCAGUCUUAUCCUGCACCCGCCUUACAGAAAAGGUGACACUCUGGAUGGUCAAGUUGUGCCCUAGAAACUCUGCAGUGUUUUAUCCAGGAAUAACUGUCUAGCGGUUUGGACAUCAUUUUCCAGGGCUUCUGAUGGCUACUGACGUUUCCGCACCAGUCAUAUCGUGUCCUAUAGAAUAUCGACGCAUCCAUAAGCUGUGUGGCUCUAUUCAUCCUACCUGCUGUGCGACCAUUCGCGGAUUGGAGCUGUAAAUGUCUUACAUUGGUGCAUUGGAAUCACAAUAAAGAACCAGACCAGAGAUGGUACCUUCUGGAUUCAGACCUAGAAGAGCAUGAUGGGAGCGUACCAGUGGUUGAAUACGUGCCAGAUUGUAUUUUUCUACAUAAUAUCAAGCACAAAUACAUCGCUACGCUGGAGGAUCGACAGGAUUGAGUUAAAGCUGGGAAAUUGUGCAAUGAUGGCAAUGCAGCGGCAGUGGCCCAAGCUUUUAUUGGCUAGGAGAUGCCUAUAUUUCCAUGUAGCAAAUAGCAAGAAUGGUAUCUGAGGACUUGGUGGUUUGCUAAGCCACUGCUGCUGUUUUCUGUUUCAUCACUAGAGUUUUAUGACAGGCUUCUUAGGCAGAUCUUGUAUUAUUUGAGGAGGAGGUUAUUUUGGGAGGUUUUUGUAUGAUUUUCUUUUUUCUUCUUCCCUAAUAUGCAAUUAGGCUGGAUGGUGUCUAUUUGAUGCUUCCUCAUUUCAUUAUCACUUUGACGUCAAUCUUUACAAAGGCAACCACCUGCUGAAGAUAAUAUCAUGGCUCAGUACAAAAGCAUCUCACCACCAGUCGUUCUGUGUAUUACAUUACCCAGUGUGACUUUCUUGCAUGUAUAGUUAUCCUGGAUAUUGCCAUAUACUCUCCCCCAUCAAUUGUCUUCUGGUUGCCUUGUGAGCACAAUGCCGGUGCCAGUCUUUUCUAUUUUGGUCACAGAGCACAGUGUUAAUUUGAGAUCAUAUCUCUAGAUUGAUGAAAAAUACCACACUUUUCACUUGUACAACUGCUUGUUCCAUCUACUGAUCAUCAGUAUGGUUUUCAGAUGCCAUAUCCCAGUAUUUUGCUCUUUUUAAAGAGCAUCGGUCAGCAUGAUCAACCCUAGUAAAUCAUUCUGAGUGCAUCUCUUGUAGCAAUCCAAUUUGUGUUUAUUGAGCCAUUUGUACUUUAUAUUUAUGUUAAUAAGGUGCUUGUAGCACUGAGGAGCGGGCCUUGUCCCUCGGAGCACUGCUUCACCUCCACCGUUCUAUCUUAAUUACUCCCUCUCUCCCAGUGAUUGACAGGGCAAGGCAUUAUUAGUGUUCCGAUCCCUGGCGCUGAAAUCUCGCUCAUGCCCUCUGCUUUCCCCAUUCCGGAGAUUGAAUUGCACCUACUGAACUGUCGCCAGAGCAUGCGUGAGAUUUCAGGGCCAGGCAUUGAUACAUUGUCAGUCAUUGGGAGAGAGGGAGCCACUAAGGUGGAAAGGCAUAGGUGAACCUAGCACCUCAUCAGCAGGAAAGUAAAAUACAUUUCUCAAUGAGAUCGGAUUGCAAGGUCCUUGCACUUUGCAUCAUCAACCCUACCAGGCAGUAUGACUGGUUAGGCUUGAUCAAACUGACAAAUGUUCCUUAAAUCGAACAGAAAACGAGCAUUCAGCUUCUUUUCUCCUCUUUUAUACAGUAGAAAUAGAUAAUCUGACUCAUUCCGAUUAGAGAUAAGCAAAUCGAUUCGCCUCAUUAACGAGAGUUCCUAAUCUGCAAAGAGCCGGUCACACUGCUGAAGAAGCUCCCCUUGCCACUUGAUUGACCGUGCUGGACAUCUCGGUUGACCCUCACAGUCUCAUUCCUGCGACGCUGCUGUGAGUAGCGGCACAAGUGCAGUGGCUCUGCUUCCACUUCCAGAGCGGAGACUGUUCUUAUGCCGCAACCUGGAAGUUUUACGGUGAAUGCACAGUCGCUGCACUUGCCCCGAGGUGAGAUUGUCGGGGACAGCCGACAUGUCCGGCUCUGUCAGUCAAGCAGCAUAGGGGGCUCGUUCAGCAGUGGGGCCAGCACCUUGGAGCUGAAGGCCUCUUGUUGAUGAAACAAAUUAAUUUGUAUGACUCAAUACGCUCAUCCAGGACAUAACAUAAACAAUUUACAUAUUCCCUGAAAUGAAAUUUUGGUUGAUAUUUAUGGGUUAUCUGGAUGCAGAGAAUCCUGGAGGUGGGUAGUGUGUUGAGUUUCUCAAAGUCUGUUUUCAAGAUUCUGGAUCUUUUGGAGUCUGCCAUGUAGUUAGGGCUCAUGAUCUCUAUGUUUUCUGUUAUCCUUCCUCUGCUAAUAUAGUAUGGGAUCUAGCGGGAUUGCAAAGCACCGUGGAGCUUGUAUGAUCUCAAAAUGCUUGUGUUUGGUUUUUCCAGGUCCUCUGGUUUGGUCUGUUUGGUCCUCCAGCAAACAGCUGACUGUAUCUGGACAAGUUCCUAUUUGCUAAACAUUUUCCCUAAGUGGACGCUGCAGUUAAAAUGUGGUGAUAAAAUGGCAGCCAUUCAAGAGUCCCAUUUUGUGAUAACCCUUAAUCGGUGCUGUCCAUCAUGAUGGUUUGUCAGCAACAAGCAGAGCUGUGAGCGCCGUAGUAAUGGGCUACAGAAAGUGUGCUGUGCUCAAAGGCCUUCAUGUAAAGGAGGACAAUGCACCUUUAGUAGCUGCUGAGCCAACAGAUAUUCCUUCCAAACCUCCUCCAUACAUAUGCAAGCACUGCUGAGCAUGCAUAUAUCCUCAACAGGGAGAGAGACAUCUGGCACCUUAUUUCCCUUAAAGGGGUUUUCCCAGCUGGAUAUUUUAUGGCGUAUCGAUAGAAUAUGCCGUAAAUGUCCAAUACGUAUGGGUCCUAUCUCAAGCAUGGGGCUCUGCCAUGAACGGAUAGCAGGCUGCACGUGAGUGGCGUCCUCUCCAUUUAUUGCUAUGGGACUUUUCAUUUUGGACAUCCCAUAGCAGUGAAUUGAGAAAAUCAUCCUCUGUGCGAUACACCAUAAAUGUCCAGAUGGAAUUACCCCUUUAAGAACAAAAGGAUUGGUCAAAAGGGGACAGAUGGGACACCCCCCAUAUACAUUAGAUGGCCAGAGUUAAUCUAAUGAGCAUGGUCACCUUUAUUCUGGUCAUGAUUUGGGAUUGAUCAGUCCUCUAUCUCCUGGUUAGCUGGUGUCACAGAUUCUCGUUGACUACAAAUCUUUUUGUUUGAAUAAAAAUGAUAGAUGGGCAUAUCUUAGAUUUACCCUUAAACCAAGCCAAUAAUCCCUGUCCAGAUAAGAUUUUAUAGCUUUUUUUCAUUUUCUGCAGCUUGUUGCCCCAGCAGCAUAUGUUGCUCUUAUAAUGUGGGCUAUCAUCAGUGGUUUCAUGUUAUUACACCUACUGGGCUGGUGGGGUGGUGCAACAUCUCUAUACUAAAGGGUCCACUCAAACCAAGAGUUGUAUCAUCUAGCUAUUAUAGGUUGUAGAGCAGUGCCGAGGCCUUCACUCUUUAGAAAGUCAUUCUGACUUGUUUGUAUGUGACGUGGCAACUGCGCACUAAUAUAGCGUCAGUCUGUGUUUUAUAUGUGAGAGAAGUAGUGAUGGAGUUUUAAGGAAAAUAAAAUAUAUAUUUUUUUAAUAUUGAAUUAGGUUUUUCUCAUUAGUUUGAGUGCUGCUCAAAAUCUGCUGUACCAGACUGUGAAGCGGUUCACAAUUGAGUUCUGCCUUUAUCCGUUGUAUCCUCCUAAAAUCUUGCAAAUUGAUUGUACAAUAAGGUGUAUAAAGCGGGCGCUCUCAUGUCUGGGCUCAGCAGUCGGGGGCUUCAGAUCGUUGCUGGAAAUGUAUUUGUGCCAUUCUCCAAAGCAAAUGCACUUGUUUUAGCCUUAAUAUUUUUUUAAAGCGUGAUGACCGUAAUAGAGAUCCAUUGGCUCAACAGUUGUGACGAUCGAUGAAUCUGAACGUUUGUGAUGCUGUAAGAAUGUGCACAGGUUUUAAAACAUGAAAUGUAGCUUUAUUUUGUAUGAUUAUUUUAAUAACGUGCAAUAUUUUCAGCUGUCUAACCUAUCAAAGUGUCCGGGUACUUGGAUCUCUAAUUCACUGUCCUGACUUAUUUUGCAGCGUCUAGGACCCAUUUUCAUUUACACAGGAAUACCCCAAAAAUAAAUAAAAUGCAAUGGAAAAACCUCCCAUACAAUAUAUUUUAUGAACUAGUGUUAGGGCGCUUCCCGGGAUCAAAGAAAAAAAAUUAACUCUAAAAUGUACUCCUAUACUUUUUUAAUUCUUCGCUAUUUCAUCACCAAAGAUGUUGAGGUCGGUCCCCCACCGUAACGGUUUACAUACUUGCAUACUGACUGAUCCUAUGAACAGACAGGGGAACAAAUGGGGCACAAACAGCGGUGAUGUGAAUGAGUAAUUCCAAAGGAAAGUAUGUAGAGAAGUUUAGCAUUUUGGGCUUAGCUAUUUUUUUUUAAGCCCCAUAGUGGCAAAUGGAGGGUGUCCACUCAAAUGCGGCUGCUCUCCGUUCACUUCAGGGGCCCUUUUCUAGAGGUAGGAGCAGGUUCCAGAGGAGGGACGUGCACCUGUCUGACAUUGAUGGCAUAUCCCAGUGAAAUGCCACAAAUAUUGGGAUGGGAAAACUUUUUUAUGUACCUCUACCUUCUUACUGGUUAAAAGGAUUUUCCGAGAUCUUUUUACUGAUGACCUAUCCUCUGGGAAAAGAGAAGGUCAUAGAACCCCUUACUGUUUACUCUUGGCAAACAUCCAACCAGUGACGGUCGGACCCCCACCGAUCAGAUACUGAUGACCUAUCCAGAGGAUAGAUAAUCAGUAAGAGAUCUCGGAAAGCCCCUUUUAGCCAUUAUCUGACUGCUUCCCAAUAUUUACAUAUAUUUGCACAUUUCUUGGCCCAAACAACUGGUUAGAUAUUUGCCGAGACUAAACAGUAGGUGGUUGUAUGACCAGCUCUUUUCCACACCCGUCCACUGGCUGUGUUUAGUAUUACAACUUUUUUUCCUAACCCUCCUUUAACGUCAUCCCCGUGGGAUUAGCACUUGGUUCAUUUUACCGUGCGGGAGGCUGUCUAAACUCUCCUGAAUUAUAUAGCCAUUCGGUUAUUGUAUCAGCCACUUGAUUAUUUUUUUUUUAUUUAGGAUGCGUCACAAAGGUUCCCACUUUAAAAAUAAAAAAAUGCCCCUUUGGUGCUUAAAAUGACUGCAAAACAAUAAUUCAAGGGUGGAAAUAGAGAUUCAAUGAUCCAAGAUACAUUCCUUUGUGUUCCUGCGUAGCUCUAUAACACGUGUACCUCCAGCCAUUUUCUGAGCUUCACGUAGCUUAGAUUACUAUGAUGCCGCUAGUUCUUAGUGAACUGAUAGGCUGAAUUCUCCCUGAUACAAAUGUCUGCCGCCACAGACUAUAGAAUAUGGGUACACGUUAAGGACUUGUUUUAUAAGUCUCGGUUGUCUCUCCAGGUUCUCUUACAGUGUGUCCUACUGUCCUUGGCAAAUAUUUAUAUAGCAUAUGCUAUUGGUAGAACUGUUUUAAUAUGAAUUGUGCAUAUCAUGUACAGUCAAUGGUUUUGUGCAUUGUUUUAUGAAUGCGAUUUCCUCCAUUUCAUUUCUUUUCUUGCUUUAUUUUUCUUUUCGAGCAAAGGGCAAUCGAAUGUUUUACAGCUGUUUUAAUGGGUUGAAAGGAACAUUUUAUUUUAUUUUUUUCAUUUUCAUUGAGUUUUUGUUUAACUGAGACGCUGGAAUACUGGUAACACUAAUAAAGUAUCAACAGAAGCUGUU